AUGGAUAAGUUGUACAUUUUUUCAUUGUGAGACAGUCCACUCUAGUCAUUACAUUCAAAAAGGGGCCUUAGGUUUAGGUGUCUAUCUUGAAAGCAGUAUGGUUGCAGAGUUAGCAUGGCCUAGUGCAUAAAAUAAUGGGCUUGCAUCAUCAUACUGCAGUUUUGUUCCUGGCUUUACCACCAGACUGCUGGGUCACACUGAGCAAGAACUACAGAUGAAGAAUGCUACUUAAAAGCUAGGUAUUAUUAUUAUUAUGUGAUAAGAGACAAAAGGUCACAUGAAGUGCACCAGUCAAAAGAUACAAGACAGCAGCUACUCACCCAAACACAAUCUUAUGCAAUAUGGGCCAGAUUUUUUAUAGUUCACUACUCACAGUCAGCCAGAUUUUCAAGAGAACUCACUUCCCACGUAGGCACCAAAGUAAGUGACCAGAUUUUCAAGAGUGCCCAGAGUGCUGGUGAGUGUUUUUAAACAUCUAGCCGUGACUGGAGAAUGCUGAAAUCUGGCCCUGAGCUCUUCUGAAAAUUUGGCUACAAAGGUCUGGAUGCUGAAUUAGUGACAUAACCACUAAAAUGUUGGCUGUGGAAAAGGAUUCAACAAACUUACAUAGUCUUAGACCCCACCAAAUGCAAUUGCCAAGUGGGCCCUUUGUAAAAUAAGUCACUGCAACUACAUCAACUUGCCUGGCUGAGUAGCCCAAAGCUUCCAACAACACCUUAAUUGUCAUCAGCUUUCCCCCUUCCUGCUCAUAUAAUCCCAUUUCCCCUCAGAACAACAGUGAGAUGCAGUCCUGUAGUUGAAAGGAAAGGAUAGUCUUCCCCAAAAUGGCAUUACCAUUUGGGAACCAGCAGUAUGGUUUGAAACCUGAUGUAAACCCCUCUUCUCACAGCUGUCCCAGAAAGCAAAGACCACCACAGUUUUCUUUCCAUGAGGUUCUCAGGCAGUCCCAGUCUACUCAUUCCCUCAGCCAUUAAUCAUCCCAUGCUAAUUCAUCUUAGAUCUAUAAAGCAUCCAUGAAUCAGAGAAUGGCAGAGGAAUUGCAAACAAAACGAUUACUGAGAUAAUGAUAAGGGCAUGGCAAAAAGUGACACAAGCAAAGAGAUGCAGAAAGAAUAGUCCAUCUGUAGAUGCCUCCAUAUUGCAGGAUAUAGUGUAGCUGGAGCUGUGAAAUCUGCCAUACGUGGGUCUAAAGGAACAAAUUAAGAAGAGUCUCCAUUGUGAAAUACCUUGCUUUUCUUUUAAUUGAUCUUCACAUUAUUUACAUUGCUAUUUUUGAAGGAUGGAUAUUAAGAGUCUUUAAUAGUUUAAAAAUUUCUUGUAGAAAUAAAAAUUGCACUGACAAGGAAGGUCUUUUCCAGAUCUAAUUUCUAUGUGCUCAAGUUUGAUCAUCUGUUCUGCCUACAGGCAUGGAACUGCUCCAGGUUUAGAUUAUAAAGGAGGCCUACAGUGCAAGGUGGCACAGGAAGCUUCACUUUAUUCAUUUUCUAUAAUCUGGACCUUUAUAAAUGUAUCAAAUUUUUAAAAUGUUUUAGAGGAUGCCUCGAUGUGGCCGCUACCUGAUUCUCCCAAACUGCCUCAGUGGCCACUUUGGCACAGUAGGUCAAAUUAAAGCUCAGCUAUCAUGAAAGCUAUAGAUCCAAUUAGAUCAUACUCGUUUCCUUGGUUAUUAUUGGAAUCUGAUUCCACCCUUCAGAACUGAUUAAUAGUGAGUUCAAAGUGUCUACAAAUUUACUUGACUGAAAUUCUUUGCAGACCACUUGCUCAAGGAGCUCCAUAGAAGUCUACUGAAGAAUGGUAGAUUGGCAAUGUCAUCAGGAGUGUGGGCAGGAGUGGGGGCAGGACACUUAUAAGUAGGUAGUUUUAUUAUCAGGGCAGCACUGGGAUGUUUGAGUUCUGCAAGGUACUGUACAGAGCAGAGUAAGCAAGCAACAAAUUCAGGUGUCAAACUAAACUCAGGAUGAAGAGCUAUGGCACAUCCACUAAGAAAUUUGCAUUAUUGAUAAUGUGCUGCUGCCUGAGCAAGCAUUGAACUUUGCCUUGAAGAAUUUGGUAACAUCUUUUAUGGCCUCAAUUUUGCAGGCUGCUGAGCAUCUCCUAGAAGGGCUUUACCAUACACUUCCUGGCUUUUAUAACAUGUUAGCUAUAGCUUGUUUAUCAGACAGGCCAAGUGGUCUUCUCAUGCUGCCACCGCAGUCCUCUUUUUAGAGCUCUGUGCUGGUUGUGUAGCCAAUUUUCUAAUCUCAUAAUUCAUCUGGUGCUGCUGGACUCAGGUGCAGCUGGUGUAUAAUUAAGAAGUGUAAUGUAAGUACUGUAUUUAUUAUGCCAAAAAGUAUUUAAUAAAGUAUUAACAUGUUUUUUGGUAAUAAGUUGUGUCUGCUUAGCUGAACAAGAUGUAACAGAGCUAACAUUUUGUACUCAGAGGAUUUGGAAAAAAUAUUGCAGUAGAUGUUUAUUUCCUACAGAAUGCUGGUUUGCUAUUUAAAAACAAAAACUCAAAAGAAUGAACCAAUUUAAGUUGUGAAUGUUCAGCUUGCGGCAUUAUAUCUCGAUAGCAAAAGCAGUUCACCUGAAAAUAACAUGUAAAAUGUAUUUUGUUAAUUUAAGCAAAUAAAGAUAUACGGAAGAUGCUGCUGUAGUUCUUGUUAAACCAUUGAAACCCACCAAGAAGUAAACAACUAAACAUUUAUGUUGUACAAUAAUUCACAUAGUGUACUCGGACCCUGAUCUGACAGGGAAGGGCCUCACUUUACUCCACAGUGACUCCUCCUGGCCACUGAAAGUAUUAGAG